UUUCUCGUCUCGGACAAGCUCUCGCGUUCCGGGGUCUUUCUCCACAACCACAUCGCCUCCACACUGCUUGAUAUAACCAUGUCGUCGCCCGCUUUGCGUCCUGCGAUGCACAACCAACCACUCGGACCCGGACGAAGUCAGACUUGGCCUCAGACAUCUCAGGCAUCCACUUCUGGUCACAAGGCCACCGACGAUAUUAAUUUGCAUUUGUCGAGACAAUCACUACCAAACAACAUGCUCGCCAUUCCUCGACACCGCCAGCUCGCAAUAAAUACAAAAUACAAGCCUGACCCAUUUGAGGACGAUCUCAACAAACAUCCCGAAGACCACUUCCUAUCGCCAGUCGCCAUGUACGAAUACGAAGAUUGGGCCGACUCGAGCGACAACGAAGACGACGAAGAAGUGGAAUGGGAUGCUGGAAUCACCGACUUUGCCCUCUUCGACUCCGACCGUCGCGCCGCCGAAGCCCAUCAAGAAGACGUCCCAGACCGGUGGAACUCGCUCCUCAAGUCUCAAGAACGCGCUCUGCAACGUGCCGUACAACGCAAUCGAUCCAACUCCGACCCAAAGCUCCGCACAUGGACGCCGCUCCUCUCAGACAUGCCCCAACUCACACCGGACAACUCACCUGACCCACGAGACGAUAGAUUCGGCAUGAGCACCGUCUUUGGCAGCAAACCUCCGCAGACGGCCGGCCGACCUUCCUACCUCUCCAGCAACCCCGUUCGCUCGAUGCAAAACCUGAACAUUGACGCCGCCGACUCUGAUCACGAGGACGACUACGAUGCAACCGACGAGGACGACUUCUACGACUCCGAAGACGAGGACGAAGCCGACCUACCUGUCUCCGUCCUCAUCGAACGCGCUCGCGAACGUCGUCGUCAGGCAAGAUUUUCGGAACGUCCCGGGCUGAAGUUCAAUCGCACACUGUCUGGCAAGCUGCACGUGUGGCGGAGGCCGAGCUGGAACAUGUACACGGUGGGCGAGGAUGUCGAGGCUGAGAGAAGGGCUGAAGAGCAGCUUGCGCACGAAGAGCUGCACGUUGACGACGAUGAUGAAGGUCGCGGAAGGAGAUGGUGA